GUGUAACUGGCCUUGUUUGAGUGUUAAUUUGAAAAUGGGAAAGGCUAAGGGAGGUGCAAUAUUUAUCAGGCUCGUCUCGUCGGCUGGUACUGGAUUCUUCUAUGUAACAAAGAAGAACCCUAAGAAGGUUCCAGAGAAGCUCGAGUUCCGUAAAUUCGAUCCUCGAGUUAAUCGCCAUGUUUUGUUUACUGAAGCCAAAAUGAAAUGACGAUACUGCAUUUUGCUUUCUUAUUCUAUGCUUUUUUUUUGGCCGUGGCUGGUGGUAAUAACCUAGAUUGAUUUUAGAGUUGGUAGUUUUUAUUGUGGUUUCUACUUUCUAGCUAUAGUUGAACUGUAUAACUAUGAAUCUGUGCUUGGAAGUACAACUUACUUAGCAGUACGCUGUUGUUUGGAAUUCUGGAGUUCAAUUUUAGUGCGAGAUCUUGGCAUAAGAUUAUAUUAUACUUCGUAUUUGUCGUUGUUCAA